AUGGCAGGCAAACGCAAGACCAUAGUACCUGAUCUUGAUGACCUCCGUCGCUCUAAGCGAAGUAACAUGGGUCAAGGUGGACGCCUCACCCAACUUCAAAAGCUCGAGUCCUCACAGAUGAAUAGACAACGUCCAGUGAAGAAAAAACCCCGCUCAGGAGAUGAUAGACAGCCAACCAGUAAUGUCAUGGCUGCCUCCCGACUCAAGGUUUGGCUUUGUCCCACCUCCACCUGCGACCCUCCGAAUGCCAUUUCAUCCGUGGCUCUCUCUAGGUUCAACAGUACACCAUCAGGAUCCUCCCAGCCUAACACCCCAAACGCACCUCACUGGCGCCCAUUCGCGAAACACGACAAUCUGCGUCAUCAUUCCAAGUCAGAUACUAGCCAUGCCCUACCAGCAUCCAAACCUGUCCCUCUUGAACACACCCCCGCUGGUGCUCAUUCACAGAAACGCAACGAUCCACGUCCUCACUGUAAUGCUAGUCGUAAACCACCGGUGUCCAAACACAGUCCCUCGACACCACCGUCACCAGUGACAGCAAUCCGCCCACUGACCUGGAAUCCGAAUUACACUCGUCCAUCACGGAUGAAUAUUUCAGAUGCCGAGGCUCCUCUACAUGGCGAUGAGGGCUACGACUCGGGACAGAUCACGAUGUGGAUGCUAACAAUUCUGAUCUGGACAACUCGGAUGCUAGAACUAAUGAUGUGCAGGGGGAACCAUGGCAAUGAUGACCAGGAUGAUGUGACAGUUUUGUUGACGACCCCCACCAGGAUCAUGACACCCCGAAAGAUAGCAACGAUGAUGAAUUCACUCGUGCACGCUCACGAGUCGCCGACAGCUCACACAAUGCCCGAGAUGUCCUCCAAGACCAUCGCGCAAAGAACUGUCGCCCCUCGCAUGCCUGACCUGGAUGAGCUCGAGACUUUGCGUCGUCGCGCUACUACUCAAGAUUCAGCUCAAUCUUCUUCUGAAGAGGAGAACAUUCGCUUCUAUCCUCCUUCUUGGAAGGAUUUACUAGAGGCCACAAAGAAGAAAUCACGCCUAGGCUUGCUCACUAGCACAGCGUCAAAGCGCAGUGAUUUUCUCAAAACCAAGGGUAUUGAAUAUCUCUUAGAAACACUCGAAGACUUUGGAUCCCAGGGUGGCAGGACCAAUAAUCUUGCAAACGAGGCCCUGGGCAGCUUUUACUUGUUCGCCGAUGCUGUCCCCGAAGGUGCCGUUGCACUUGCAGCGACUGCGCUUGCUGCCGCUAUCGACGAGUACAAGACCGGUACUUACAAGCAAAUGAAAUUCGUCGCCGAUUUAUAUCAACCCAUCUACGACAGCGUCAUUCAGCUCUACCAUGAUGUGCAGAAGGACCACUAUCAUGCAAAGAAAUGCCGGGCCGCCAGAAAGAAAUGGGCUCGUACUGCAGGAAUCCUGACUCGCAAUGAUCCAAACAGGCGCCAUGACUGGGGCUUGAAACUCCAACUGGACUGA